CUGGUGUGACGCACUUCCGGGGCGGGGAGAGGAAGAUGGCGGCGCCCAUCGAGGUAGCCGUGUGUACAGACUCGUCCGCCCAGUUGUGGAGCUGCGUCGUAUGGGAGCUCCACUCGGGCGCUAACCUGCUCACGUACCGCGGCGGCCAGGCUGGGCCCCGUGGUCUGACGCUGCUCAAUGGCGAAUACCUGCUGGCGGCGCAGCUGGGCAAGAACUACAUCAGCGCCUGGGAGCUGCAACGGAAGGACCAGCUCCAGCAGAAGAUCAUGUGCCCCGGGCCUGUUACCUGUCUGACCACAUCGCCCAAUGGCCUCUAUAUGUUGGCAGGGAUUGCAGAGAGCAUAUACCUAUGGGAGGUCUCCACAGGGAACCUCCUAGUCAUCCUGAGCCGCCACUACCAGGACAUCUCCUGCCUGCAGUUCACAGGGGACAGCAGCCACUUCCUCUCGGGCGGCAAGGACUGCCUGGUGCUGGUGUGGAGCCUGUGCAGUGUGCUGCAGGUGGACUCCUCCAGGACCCCAGCCCCCCGGCAUGUUUGGUCCCACCAUACCCUCCCCAUCACAGACAUGCACUGUGGCUUUGGGGGUCCCUUGGCCCGGGUGGCCACAGCAUCGCUGGACCAGACGGUGAAGGGUCUCCCAUUCAGGGCUGCUCAGCUCCCUGCACCAUUGGGACCCCAGUGUCUGUGGAGCCCCAUCCCAUAUCCCGCCUGCCCCCAGCUGUGGGAGAUCUCCUCGGGCGAGCUGCUGCUCUCUGUGCUCUUUGACGUGGGCAUUAUGGCUGUGACCAUGGACCUAGCUGAGCAUCACAUGUUCUGCGGUGGCAGUGAGGGCUCCAUCUUCCAGGUCGACCUCUGCACCUGGGUCUUUGAGCCAAUUGGGCUCUGCCCCAGCCCAUCACCCCAAUGCCCUGGGGCCCCCAGGGCUGAGGUACAACUGUAUCCCUCUGCUCACUGCCCCUCGGCCUCCACAGCCUGGACAGAGCGAGAAGAGCUUCCAGUCAGAACAGGACAGCGGGAAGGUGUUCAAAGGCCACAGACCUGUGUCCCCAGGAACCAGGUGACCUGCCUGUCAGUGUCCACUGAUGGCAGCGUGCUGCUCUCCGGCUCCCAUGACGAGACCGUGCGCGUCUGGGACAUCCAGAGCAAGCAGUGCAUCAGGACAGUGACCCUCAAAGGUCCCGUGACCAACGCCUUCAUUAUGCUGGCGCCGGUCAGCAUGCUGAGCUCCGACUUCCGGCCCAGCCUGCCCCUGCCGCACUUCAACAAGCACCUGCUGGGCGCUGAGCAUGGGGAUGAGCAGCGCCACGGGGCCCUUACUCUGCGCCUGGGCCUCCAUCAGCAGGGGUCGGAGCCCAGCUACCUGGAGCGAGCCGAGCAGCUGCACAUGGUAAUGUGCAGCACAAUGGAAAAGAAUGUGCUGGGCGGCCAGGACCAGCUGCGGAUCCGAAUCACGGAGUUGGAAGACGAGGUCCAGAACCUGCGCAAGAUCAACCGAGACCUGUUUGACUUCUCCACGCGCAUCAUUACCCGGCCUACAAAAUGAGUGCAAGGGCCAGACUCCUACCCAGGGACUGCCCGGCAGAGCCACCCAUCCUGGGGCCACUGGGCCAAAGCCCCCAGACCAACAGCUCUGUUACAAGCUCUCCUUUCCCUGGUUCCGUGUUUGGAUUGUUACUUGCAUGAGGGGUCGUUUUGUCUGUGAUCCACUCGUGUCUGUUGUGUCCAGUCGGUGCUAUUUUGUUAACAAAAGAUCUAAAAGUCUGUC